AUGGUUCUCGAGCUUCAUAUAUGGGGGCCCGCCUUCGGCCUCCCCUCGAUUGAUCCCCACUGCUUAGCAGCAAUCGCAUAUCUCCAGCAGGCUGUGCCUAGGGGGAAGUGGCAGUUGAUUGCUACCAGUGAUCCAGCUCUCAGCCCAACGAAUGAGCUUCCCGCACUGCGAAAUGGCGAUAUUUGGAUUGGAGGCUUCAGGAAUAUCUUCCAUUACGUCGCGCAGUUCUCAUCCGGAGAAUGGGUUCUGGAUGCCGGACAUCCAGACCAGCAGGGCGCGGAUUGUAUUGCGUUCUCAUCCUUCGUAGAAGCACACGGACAACCUCUUAUCGAUCUCUCCCUAUAUGUAUCGUCCCAAAACUACACAUCAACAACACGCCCCUUGUAUAAUACAAUUCAACCUUUUCCUCUACCAUACCUUACACCACCCUCUGUUCGUGCAACAGCCAAGCAAAGAACAGCUCAUCUGGGGCUGUCAUCAUUGGAUGUUGAUACCGAGGACGCAGACGCAGCUCAGGAGAAGUCUAUCAUCCCAGAGAGUCUGCGGAAGUCGAAAAACACAGUAUCAAGUCUACUUGCUGCGAAUCCGGAAAGCAAUGCACAAAUCAGGCUAGACGCUUUAGCUACAAAUUACUUCGAACCCCUGCAGAAGAUAAAGGGCAAAAAGCCGUAUCUUGUGUCUGAUUCGCAGUUCUCGAGUUUAGAUUGUCUGGCAUUGGGAUACCUGUCUUUGAUGCUCAUCCCAUCAUUACCACAGCCAUGGCUCUCAAAAACAAUGCGGAAGAAAUUCCCGGAUUUAUGUGCCUGGACGGAGGAUAUGAUAGAUGAUGUUUUUGGUGGCCCUGUAAAAGCCGAGGACGCCUUGCUACCAAAUGGUGGGGACUCUACGAGUGCUGAACAGAAAGCCUACUUACCUUGGACGGCUCCGAACAAUGGCGGCGCGGUUGGAGUAGGAAGCGUAUUCCUAUCUAGCAUAGCCGACUCAAUACCCAUCGUUGGACAGCUGCGGAGAAAUACGCGAAUGAGGUUACACGGAGGCAAGACUCUCGAUGAUGAGCUACAUAGUUCAUCGUGGCAUGGUAUUGCAGCUAUUGGCAGCAUUGUUGCUGGCUUGGGGCUAGCUGUGGGAUACAUGUUUCAGCAGGGACUGAUACCUUUGCCAUUAGGCGAGGAACCUGUGAAGGAGAGAAAUGCUAGCUUGGAUACGUUUGGUGAUGCGGGAGCCGCGCUGUCGGUAUUUGCGAUCCAGCUGGAUGCCGAAGCACAACGACAGAGGAUGGGGGAGAGCCACGGUGCUCCAGUAGCGGAGGUGGCCGUCGAGGCUGGACCCGGAGGAGUUACUGUUACUGAUAAUGUAGCUUGA